GUCAAAGAUAGCUGUCACCCAGCUUCAUGAUCAAACACACACACAGGCAAGGGCAGAACUGAGGAACACGUUGUCUGUUCCAGGCCCAUGACAAGGUGUCAGGUCUCUCACAACUGAAUUACAGCGCUUUCUUCGGCCUAUGACGUUCCUCUAAGGAUUCAGCACACGGAAAAAAAAAGCCACCACUUUUGGAAUAAAUUCGUCAGGACGUCCAAGUGAACAGGCGCUAUUUUGUUGACGGAUAUGAAGACUAAAAAGGGUAUGCUGGCCACUUCUGGCAGUGAGACAGAAGACGAGGAUAACAUUGACAUCCCUCUGGAUCUGUCUUCGAGUCGCGGAUAUGCAGGCAAAAGAAAACGGAGAGGCAACCUGCCUAAAGAAUCUGUACAGAUACUCAGAGAUUGGCUUUACGAACAUCGCUAUAAUGCCUACCCUUCAGAACAGGAAAAAGCGUUGCUAUCGAAACAGACUCAUCUUUCUACACUUCAGGUGUGUAACUGGUUCAUUAAUGCUCGUCGAAGGCUGUUGCCAGAGAUGCUACGGAAGGAUGGUAAAGAUCCAAACCAGUUUACCAUUUCACGCCGUGCCAACAAGGGGCCCGAGGGCAUGAGUGAAAGCUCACACUCACCAAAGCAUGACAGCUAUGAGCCUGGCUCACCUGCCUGCCCAGACAACAUGACAGUCUCUACCAGUUACCCCCAAAAAACUGCAUCACCCACAAUGCCACCUUCACCUACUCUGGCCCGUCCGUCUGUCAUUUGCCACACCACUAUCACGGCUGCAGGCACAAAGGUUGACGGGACCACAGAGUUGACAGUCUUCAGCUGCCCAUCAGGCACAGGACUGGGCACAGAAUUCAACACGCCACCACCUACACCUCCUGAUCUGACAGCACAGGACUUCAGUGGCUUCCAGCUGCUUGUGGAUGUGGCAUUGAAGAGAGCUGCUGAGAUGGAGCUGCAAGCUAAACGAGUGCUCACUUAAAUACUGGAAAUGGAUGGAUAAGUGGAGGAUUGAUAUAUUUCAUAAACUUUCAUUCCUGGCCCCUAACCCCCUUGAAGUGUACUUUGUGGGAAAAUUGGGGAUAUGACUUGGUGACAAAGUGUUGAUAAAAGUCCUAAUCAUUUCUAUUUUUCAUAAAUGUAAAUCCAAUUGGUGCAGAUUUGUUAGUACAAUACACAUUUUAAGGUGUCUUGGCAGUCCAUGUCUUUUUUUUUUUUGUAUAUAAUUUGUGUUAGAUGUAUAUCUUUCUUUUUUGCACACAGGUGACCAAAAAUGCAUAAACAGAGACUUCAUAGAUAUCUUCUCAGUUUCAGUUUUUCAUUGUAUUUUUGCAGAGGUUUGGUUAUGGAAUUUUUUUCCCUCUCUCCCACUCUCUCUCAUGUUUAGAGAACAGAUCUGCAGUUUCUCAAUUUUUUGCACAGUAUGGCAGGUUAUCUUUCUUCCUCCCUGUUUCUCUAAUGUACUGUAAUCACUACUGUUCCAGGUCAUACAUAUAGUAUUGUACUAAAGUUUGUUUGUUAUUUUGUUUCAUAGUGAAAGAAAAAAAGCUUCUUUUUUUUGGAAUAAUGUGUUUGUUCCAUUUUUUUUUCUCUCUCUUGAGGAAUAUUCAGAUGUAGCACAACUUUAGUCUAGGAUUCUCUCAGAAUUCUCUCAGUGUAGAAACGGCCAGUGAAUGUGCCCCUCUUCUCAACAUGAAUAAAAGACUGCCUGCUUCACACUGUCCCCAAAAGCCCCAACCCACACCUUCUCCACACAUUGUACACCCAAGUGAGCUUGAGGAAUGAACACUACAUAAUUUACGUGUACGGAAUGUUCCUUUAUAUGUUCUUUAUAUGUUAUUAUGUUAAGACAUCACUACCCACAAAUUAAAAAUAAUAAUAAUAAUAAAAACACAACAACA